AUAAUAGUAUCAUUUACACGCCUGCCUCCUUGGAAGCACUCUGUUGAUCAGAAUCUCUCCUUGAUAAUCUGUGCUACUCCUCGCGCUUACUCUCCAUCAAUUCCACCACCCAGAGAACGUGACAUUUCCUGCCUUCAGUUAUCUCUCCUCCAGCUACCAUUGUCAAGAUGUACGCUCGCACCGCAAAGCCUAAGCUCUCUUUGAGCAUCUCUGCUGCGCAAAACGCCUCUCGCCAGCCUUUGUCCCUCAAGUCACCGAGCUCGGUCCCGCGUACUCCAAUUUCCCCUGCCAGCCCGGGCGCAAAGCGGUUCUCGUCCUUCCAAGUGCCAAGCUACUCCUAUACUAGCGCCUGCUCAUCGAAGGGUAUUCUCAAGAAACAUUCAGCGGGUGCGGCCAGUCAUGCAGAGAAACGGAUCCAAUUCAAAGGCACUCCAACAGUCCACUGUGUGACCCCAAUUGAGAAUCCCGAGGAGUAUUACGGCACCUACACGAAACUUUCGCGGGACGAGCGCCGUUGGAUCGUGCGAGAAUGAAGACGUCGCUGGUGACGCUUUACAUAUCAGCAAUCAAUUCUACGACCAAAGGCAGAUCAGCGGGGGCGCUGGGCCAGGUAUCCGCGCGCGGCAGGGUCUUGAGUCUAUCAUGAUCGAUCUCCGCGUUCCCCCGACCCCGACUCGAUUGUGACAAGUCAAUCAUGCACCUGGACAACGACGAUACCUUAGGCCAGGAGUGGCUGCGCAGAGGGUCCGAUGUCUCCGGCAGCUAUAGUGACUACUGGAAUGA